AUGGGAAGUGCUUCAAGCAAUCAUAUUAUUGAUAUGUCUAUUGAUUCAGGCUUAAUUAACACCUAUAAAAUUGGAAAGCAGAUCGGGAUCGGCAAUUUUGGAAUUGUUCGAAAGGCUUCACUUUUAAAUGAUCCAUCCCAAUCAUUUGCAAUAAAAACCAUCCAAAAAUCGAAGAUUAAAACCAAUAAGGACUAUUUAUUCCAAGAAAUAGAAAUCCUCAAGAAAGUGGACCAUCCGAAUAUUAUAAAACUUUAUGACGUUAUUGAAGAACCAGGCUGUUAUCACUUAGUAAUGGAAUUAUGCUCAGAUGGAGAGCUCUAUGACAGGAUUUCUGGACAGGGACACCUUGAUGAAUCAGAAGCAAAACGGCUGGUAAGACAAAUUCUUCUGGCUGUAAACCACUUACAUUGCAAUGGAAUCGUUCAUCGAGAUCUUAAGCCAGAAAAUUUUUUAUUUGAAGGAAACGAGCUCAAACUUAUAGAUUUCGGCUUAUCAGCAUUUUGCACUAAAGGGAAAAUGAAAACUAUGGUCGGCUCACCUAAUUAUGUAUCUCCUGAAGUGCUGCAUAGCAAAUAUGAUACGAAAUGUGAUAUGUGGGCUAUUGGAGUGAUUACUUAUGUUAUGCUUUCAGGAAGUUUUCCGUUUUAUGGGAGGACAAAUAAAGAAAUUUUUUCAAAAAUAAUUCCAGGGGAUUAUCGAUUUUCAGAACCUUCAUGGCAAAAUGUAACUCCUCAGGCCAUAAAUUUUAUAAGGCAGCUCUUAGUUAUUAAACCACAGAAGCGUUUGUCUGCAUUUCAAGCGCUGCAGCACCCUUGGCUUCAACAGCCUCCUACAGAUUUGAUAACUUCCAAGCUAUUGAUCUCUCUAAAAGAAUACAACUCAGCAUGCUCUUUUAAAAAAGAAAUCCUAAGCCUUUUAGCCCGAUACUUGAAAUCCGAAGAGAUUUCAGAUUUAAUUCAAAUUUUCUUUCAAAUAAAUAAAUCGUGCACUGGGGUCAUCACUUUUGAUGAAUUUUCCAGUUCAUUGGAAAAAAUAGAUUCACGGCUUCUCGAUGUGAAGCGGAUUGAUAUUAAUUUUAAAAUUAAACGUGUAUUUUAAUAUUUACUAUAAAAAAUAGGACAUUUAUUUAUUUUUAGAAUAUUUUGAAAAAGCUUAAAUUUAAAGAAGGGAAAAUGAAAUACUCAGAUUUCUUAGCCUCGGUUUUGUGCUGUAAAACAAUUUUAACAGAAAAAAGACUUAAACAGAUUUUUAGGAUACUUGAUAUUGAAAAAAAUGGAUUUUUAAACGCGGAAAGCUUAAUUAAAGUAUUUACGAGGUUUGGAAAAUCAAAGGAGAAAGGCGACGUGGAAAAAAUGAUUGAAGAUGUGCACCCUUGGGUUGCUGGACAGGUUAAUUUCAAUGAGUUCAAGAAAUGCAUCAUGCCUCUUUUUCGAAGCAAAUCAAGGUGAAGCUGCCAAUUCUAA